AUGGCGAGUCGUGGAGGGACAUCUAGACGCGUUCCUGAAAAUGAAGGCGCGAUCACCUACGUUCAAUGUGAUGGCCUGGCGGUAAUGAAAAUAGUGAAGCAUUGCCAUGAAGAAUCAUGCAGCAAUAUGGAGGUAGCCCAAGGGGCUCUGCUGGGCCUCGUAGUGGAAAACCGCCUUGAGAUCACCAACUGCUUCCCAUUCCCCAAGCAUGAUGAGGCUAUGGAUGAAGAGGAGUAUCAGCUGGAUAUGAUGCGCCGGCUCCGAAGGGUCAACGUUGAUCAUUUUCAUGUUGGAUGGUAUCAGAGUGCAGAUGUGGGCAACUUCCUGAGCCAGUCUCUGCUUGAGUCACAAUAUCACUACCAGACAUCUAUUGAAGAGAGUGUUGUAGUCAUCUAUGAUACCAAGAAAUCUGCCAGGGGAUUCCUCACUCUAAAGGCUUAUCGCUUGACUCCUCAGGCCAUAGCUAUGUACAAGGAGAACGACUAUACACCAGAAGCUCUCCGUAAUCUCAAGAUUGGAUACGAGAGUUUGUUUGUAGAGGUGCCCAUCGUGAUUCGUAAUUCACCUCUCACUAACAUCAUGAUGUCGGAGAUAUCCGAGAUGAUCCCUGAGGAGGAGGGAUCUAAGUUCCUGGAUCUUGGUACUGCAUCUGUGCUUGAAGGUCAACUAAGGAGCCUAAUGGAACGCGUGGACGAGUUGAACCAGGAAGCUAUUAAGUUCAACCGCUACCAACAAUUGGUGGUCCGUCAACAACAAGACAAGCACAGAUGGUUGCUAAAGAGGGCACAAGAGAACGCAGCCAGGGCAGUAAAGGAUGAGCCUCCUCUACCCGAUGAAGAUGUCAAUAAACUCUUCAAACCUCAUCCAGUACCGCCCAGGCUUAACCCGAUGAUUGUAGCCGGCCAGAUAAACACAUACAGCCAGCAUAUAAGCCAGUUCUGCUCGCAGAGUCUUGCUAAGUUAUAUCUGACCCAAGCGUUACAGAAUGCUAAAGAUGGGAAGCAGAACAACUAAGGUUAUAUAAGGUCAGCGCAAACCAGGCGAAAAGCUGCUUGAGCACUACUCCCAUGGAGAAUUAAGUGACUGGGGUUUAUUUUUUUUUGUAUUCAAAUUGUAAUACACUCAAGUUGACAGUUAUUGUAUCACCUGUCAAAAUUUACGUCACAAAAUGAAUAAUUGUAGUGUUUACAAUAAUUUAAAUUUACAAAUCAGCCCUUAGUUGUAAAUAGAAAUUGUAUCUUGCAUUUACAACUCUUAUGUGUAAAAGAAUAAGGAUGUUCUUUAGUUAUCCAACUGUUUUUCCGCCCGGUCUGCGAUGACCAGCUGUAUUUUUAAUAAAUUGUGGACUGUA